AUGUUUUCAGAAAAUAUUGAACCGCCAAAUAAUGUUGAACCGCCAAAUAAUAUUGAACUGCCAAAUAAUGUUGAACCGCCAAAUGAUGAUGUUUUUUAUGUUAAGGACGAAUUAAAACUAAUUCUUAAAUAUUUCAAAAAUUGUAAUGCUAUGUCAUCAGUAGUUCCUGAUGUUGAUGAACAAAUAAAUAAAAUUAGAGAACAAGGAAAAGAAUUUCAUACUUGUUUACAAAAGUCAAUUACUCAGAGUAAUAAAUUCGAAAAUCACGCUAAUAAUGCAUUAGAUUAUUUAGAAAUUCUAAACGAUCCAAACUUUGACGAGAAUCAUGUUUCGGAUAUAUUACAAAUCCUUAUCGAUAAUGCUGAAAACAAUAAGAAUGAAACUAGAGAAAUAAAAGAAAAAUAUGAAUCAAUCAGAAAUAAAUUGCAAGAAAUUUAUACAGAAAAUUUUGAACGCAGGAAUUGUGAUCGGAGAGAACUUCAGAGCUUAAUAGAAAGAAGAAAUAAAUUAGAGGAUAAUUUUAAAGGACAGAAACCGUAUACCAAAGGCUUUUUUAUUAUCGGUUUUAUUUCGUUUGCUCUUUUAUUAGGAUUAGACUUUGACCGGUCAGAGUCAUCAAUACUUCUUAAAAAUACCUUAGGCCUUGGCAUUGUUACGAUGGGAAUUUUAACGGCAAGUAGCUAUCUAUAUACAAAAAAAUUGAAAAAUAAUUUUCAAAAGAGCGAAAGAGAAGUGAAUAAAUUACAACGAUUGGUAGAUUUAAGAAAUGAAAUUUCUGAGUUAAGAGAAAUUAAUAACAAUUUGACUCCGAUAAUAAUGCAAAUGUGUACCUUCAGCAAUUAUUGGGAUUUACAACAUAACAUUUUGGAGGAUCUUAACAACAAUUUAGAAAAUAUUACUAAUAUUACUACUAAUAAUCAAGCUAUAAAACGCAUUAUUGUUAAACCUAUGAAACCAAGAUGGGAAAAUGCAAAAGAAAAAUGUGAUAAUUAUAUUAGAACUGUACGUAAAACUAUAACAGAUGUUAAUAGUGCUUGA